GGGAGAUGCGGCAGCUCAAUGGGGCAUUCUAUGAUAUCAUAUAGAAAGCAUGUGGUUGGUAGCCAGGAGUGUACGCCCGUCCCAGACUCCAAACGCCUAUGUUUCAAAGCUUCUCGGAUCCACAAGCGGGUCCCCGAAAUCAGCCCACGGUUUCCCGCACGUAUUUUACUCAGAGCUUCCGGGUUCCGCGCUUCUAGAAUCUCGGAAGACUCGAUUGCCGGAUCCGGCGCAAGCCUCCGUACUGUACAUGUGCCGCGGGGACUUUAAAGCUUGAGAUUUAAGACUCUAGCCGCCUCACUCAACGCUCUUUAACCAUACAUCCAUGAUUGCAACCAUCUUUAUUCUUUGAGUCUUCAAAAUGUCCGAAUCUCCUGAACUCACCGUCCACCAUCUCCACCUCUCCCAGUCCGACCGAGUGAUCUGGCUCUGCGAAGAACUGGGUCUCCCCUACCAGCUCAAAUGCUACGACCGGGAUCCCGUGACCUCCUUCGCCCCGGCCGCCUACCGGGCCCUGCACCCCAUCGGCACCGCCCCCGUCAUCCAAGACGGUAGCGCCGUCACCCUCGGCGAGACCAACGCCAUCUUCGAGUACCUGCUUGCCAGAUACGACCCCCAAGGCAAACUGACUCUUCCGCCCACCCACCCCAACUACCCGGACUACGUCUUCUGGCUCCACCACACCAACGGCGGAAUCCAGCCUGCCCUCUACGAGCUCAUGCUUGCGCGCAUGUCCGCUCUGCCCGAGAACAACCCGGCCACCCAGGUCAUGCAAGGCCGGCUGGACCGCAGCCUGGCUGCGAUGGAGGCCCAGCUCGCCAAGUACCCGUUCAUCGCGGGCGAGAAUUUCACGGCGGCGGACUGCAUGCUGCUGUUUCCGCUCACGACGUUCCGGAUCUUCAUGCCGUACAGUCUGGAGGCGUAUCCGCAUAUUGUGAGCUAUUUGGGGCGGAUCGGGGAGCGGAGCGCGUUUGUGGCGGCGAUGGAGAAGGGGGACCCGGGGUUGAAGAGGCCGAUGGGCGCUGAGGGUGUUGUUGCUGCUGUUGCUGGUGAGGAGAGUUCUCAGAAAGCGUGAGGUAGAUGUGUCAUUCGGGGAAUCCUCCAACGGGGGUUAAGAUGGUAUAUGGCCGAUUAUUCUUCGGUUUGUAUAUUAUGAAACUUCGAGUUUGCUUCGAGGGUCCUUACAACUGGAAUUGUAGAUAUAUGGAUGUUGAUAGGAUGAUGAAACUCAGGGAUAGGCUAUACGUACCCAUAUCUUGACAUCUUGGUGGAUAAUCAUGGCUAGCCAAGUUCUUCAACAUGUGAGAUAGCCUAGUAGAUUGCUGAUUCGCGUGGCCUAAUUACUGAGGAACGUCAACCUUCUACAACCCGCUGGGCAAUUGCCAAGCAGCCUAGUUUAUCAUUUGUACCUGUUUUUCAUGUCCAAGAC